UGAUCUGAGGCACUCAAAGUAUUUAAAAACAGUACGCUUUCUGCUAUUGGUAAAAUGGGAUAUCACUGGGCGUUUGACGUGGUGUAACCUCACCAAAAACUAUUCCGAUUGCUAGUCAGAUUGAUGUUGGUCCGAAUGGGAUCAGUUUCAAUCCUUUCUCACUCCGGCAAUUUGAGACCUUUAAUAAAAUGUGAAUAAAGUCAGCAGAGCUGGAGAUCACAUAAGGACCCGGGAUCAAAAAUGGGACCAAAGUCUAACUCUGGGUUCUAUCUCAGCAAGAAAGUGGUUGCGUUUUUCACUCUCCUCAUCCUAGCUUUACUGGUGAUUUCAACUGUUUUUACGAUUCUUUACGCCAGGCUGAGAACUGGGAAAGCCGAGGAGAUCUUCCCAACGCCCUGGGAGCCCCCUGGCACAGCGACCGUGCCUGAGCGGUGGGGACCUUGGAACAACUCCCGUUUGCCAAGCAACCUCUUCCCCAGUCAUUACCAACUGGAGCUCUGGCCAAAGCAGGUGCCGGGGCAGGACGGUCUCUACUUUUUGAUCGGCCAGGCCAAUGUGACAGUGAUGUGUAGAGAGGAGACUGAGAUCAUCCUGAUUCACAGUCAGCACCUCAAUUACUCCGGGGUGACUGUCACUGUGGCCGGCAGCCCCUCUGAUGCCAAGCUUCGCCCCACUCCGAACAUUCAAGACAUCUGGGUUGAAUUUGAGAACGACUACCUGGUGAUCGAACUGGACGGCAAACUGGAGACAGGGCAGGAGUACAUCAUCCAGACUAACUACAGCGGGCACCUGGACGAGAAUCUAACGGGGCUUUUCAUCAGACGCUACUCGGAGAAUGACAAGGACAAAAUUAUCAUUGCAUCACUGUUGGAACCAACAUAUGCCCGAUCAGUUUUCCCAUGCUUUGAUGAACCUGCUAUGAAGGCAACUUUCGACAUCAGGCUUGUGCACCGCUCCCAGUUUGUGGCACUUUCUAACAUGCCAGCAAUUGAUGUUUCUGAAAGACUGGACGUGGAUGGUAAAUGGAAAGUUACAACAUUUAAGACCAGUGUGAAGAUGUCUACUUAUGUAACUGCUUUUGCUAUUUGUGACUAUGAUUACAUUAACACAACUUUCAAUGACAUAGAGAUUCGCAUUUGGGCUGAUAAAGCAGCCAUAUCAAAAGGUGAAGCUGAUUAUGCAUUAAAUAUAACAGUUCCAAUACUUGCAUACUUUGAAGAGUAUUAUAAUGUGAGUUACCCCCUCCCCAAAUUAGAUAUAAUAGCAUUGCCUUACUAUGGAGCAGCGGCAAUGGAAACCUGGGGUCUGAUGAUGUUCAGAAAGGAUUCGCUGUUAUAUCGUCCAAAGAUGAAAUUCUUUGAUGAUGACUUAAGCAUUUCUAUAAUACUUGCACAUGAGCUGGCACAUCAGUGGUUUGGAAACUUGGCUACAAUGAGAUGGUGGAAUGAUCUGUGGCUUAAUGAAGGAUUUGCAUCAUACUUCGAGCACCUUAAUAUUGCCUCUAUAGAGACUUUAGAAAAUUUGAACCAUACAUACCCAUUUCAUUUGCAAUACAACGUGUUCCACAGUGAGACACGCUUUGGUUCACAUUCAUUGUCUAUGAAGAAAGAAGAUGUUAAAACCUUUGACAAAAUCAUGGAAAUGUUUAGCGACAUCACGUACUACAAGGGUGCCUCCAUCAUCCAUAUGAUCUCCAAUUUUAUGACAGAGGAGCUGUUUGUAAAAGGGCUCAGGUCAUACCUCAAGGCCUUUUCCUAUUCAAAUGCUGUGACAGAUGACAUGUGGAAUCAUUUGCAGAUGGCUAUAGAUGGCCAAGAUGCCAUUAAACUGCCAGCAACAAUAAAAUCUAUCAUGGACCCAUGGGCAACACAGGAAGGUGUGCCUGUUAUAACAGUUAAUACAUCGAAUGGAAUUAUAACACAGGAGUACUUUGGCAAAUCAAUGGAAAACAGAAAUUCAAACUUCUCAUGGUUUAUUCCUAUUUCCUGGAUGAAGAAUGGAUCCAUGCAGCCAUUUUUCUGGCUUGAGAAAAAUCUUAAAACAUUCUCUGGGAUAAAACGUACUACAGAUGAAGAAUGGAUCCUUCUAAAUAUCAAUGUUUCCGGCCUCUACAGAAUUAUCUAUGAUGAUUCAAAUUGGCACCAGUUAAUUCUACAACUAAACAAAGACCCUUCAGUUAUUCCAGUUUCUAACAGAGCACAGUUAGUCAACGACGCAUUUGACCUAGAAUGGUCUGGGUAUACUGACAUCAAAAUUGCUCUGGGUAUAACUACGUAUCUUGCCAAGGAACAGGACAACAAUGUAUGGCUAUUAGCCUUCAUUCACUUAGAGAGGCUUCGAUCAGUAUUACAAACCACCCAUACAUAUGGGCUUUAUAAGAAAUACAUUUUCAGCCGAAUUGUUCCAUUUUAUCAUUAUCAGAUGAAAUUGAUGAACGAAGAUUUCAGUAACAUUCAUAAUAGCACCAUUGUCCGACCAAUACUCAAAGAAACUCUUCAAAUAGUGCGUCUACUUGAUCUAAAGGACUUUGUGGAUCGAGCAACGCAUCUUUAUUCACAACUGAUGAGUAAUCCAGUUAACAAUACAAUUCCAAGUUACGUCAGAUACUUAAUCUACUGUGAGGCCAUUAAAGCUGGCACUGAUAAAGAAUGGAACUUUGCGUGGACACGUUAUCUGAAUCAAAUAUCAAUAGCAGAGGAUGAAGCUUUACUUUUUGGUAUGGGCUGUAGUAGAGAACCAUGGAUUCUGACCAGAUAUUUAUAUUAUACUCUGGAUGAUUCAAUGACAUCUCCUGAUCAUUCAUUGUUGGUUUAUUGUUCUGUGGCAAAAAAUUCAAUUGGUUGGCCUUUAGUCUGGAACUUCGUAAGAGCAAACUGGGAUACUAUUGAUACUAACUCUACAAAUUACAUUGAACUGAUAUCUUUAUUCUCCACAUUGGCUGAAGGACAUCUAACAGAUUUUGAAUUCAAUGAGUUCGAAUUAUUCCUGAACAGUACCACUGAUGAAGAAGGAGAAUGGGCAAAAGAGGUUAAACAUAUCAUCAGAGACAAUCGGGAACUUUUGAAUUGGAAGAAGAAAAUUCAUACUGAUGUUCACAAUUGGUUAAGUGAAAAUGUACCUGAGGAUUAAAACCAACAUUAAAAAGAUUCAGGAACACAACAAGGUCCAUAGGCUCAAACAAGCCCAUCUUUCUUUCAGAAAUCACCCCAUCCACCUACUUUGCAUUAUAUUCUUCACUGCCUCCUUUCUCCAAAGGUAUCUUUAACUCAUUUAGACUGACAGCUUCAUUUGCCUUUCCUGUUAUUUAUUGCACAAUUCUAUUAUUAUUUGAGUGUAAAAGAUAAGCUGGACUUUCCUUCCGGUUAUAAUAUCUCAAUUUCAACAUGCGCCCUGGCAUCUAACCCUUCAUCCUAAUGAAUAAAAAACUGGGAAGAAUGUUAUUGGGCAGAAUUUUACCAGCCCCAUGAAGGCAAGACUGGAAACAGGCCCGUGGGGCCAGUAAAACAGAGUGGGCCGGCAUCCUACCAUCGACCAAUUUUACCAGAUGCUGACGACAGGACAGUUCAGCAGCUGACACGUCGGUGAAUGGAAGAAUGUUGUCCACUUCAUGCUCAUUUAUUUGUUCCUAUGGCCAGGAUUUUUAGGAUGGCGAAGUUUCCCUUCUGAAGAGUUAGUGGCGAACACAUCACUGCAGAUACUGGCUGCCACUGUAUCAAAGAAUGAGACUCCAUACUUAUAAAAUUUAACUUUCAAUGCCAGAAAGGUUCUUAAGUUGUAAUUAAGACUUACUACACCAGCAGAAAUGUAUUUACAUCUGAAUACACAAGCCUUACCUUUUCUUGAUGUGUUCAGUGAGUAUCUAGUGGAAGUACAACAACUUCACAUCAUUCUUGUGUUUCAUGUUGAGGUGUCAGUGUACCAAUGCUUCUGGAUGAGUAAGGCAAAUUGGACAGUAACUUCUAGGUUUCAGUGUAUUACAGCACAGGUGUAGAUGGCAGAACUUGCUGUUAGAUUUGCUCCAUAAUAACAGCCAGUACUGAUAGCCUCAUUGUUAUCCCUUCCACAAAAUCUGAGCCAAAUUAAUUUGAAAUAGUAAUUAUUUGAAUUCCCACUUUCAGGUGAGAGUAGUUCUGACUGAGUACUCUUGAUGGUAUUUAAUAGAGGCGACAGGGGUCUCACCCAAUGGCUGGAGAGCCAGCGAGAGCCUCACACCACCUCUCUUCCGGAAGGUCCGUCGAGUUAAAUCAUAAUCAGAGAUUGGAAAACAACAGGUACCCACCUGACUAAAUGCCUCCCUAACCGUCAAACUCACCAUGUGGGAGGGUAUUAAAUUCUGCCCUGUGUUUUGAGAACAACUAACCCUUUCCUGCUAUAUCUUUAUAUUGUUUAGCUCCUCCACCACUGUUACUAGAAGUUAGGGUGAAAUUUUCCUAUAGCCUGAAUCACUGGCUGGGUUUCAAAUACAGAAAGAAACUUGGGGGCAAUUUUUACAUUUGCCAAUCGUAUAAAAUGGGGAGAUAUCAGAUUGGCCACUGUUAGACAUCUCUCUCGAUUUUUGUGUCCUUUGAAGUCAAGAGAAAAGAAAAUUGAGAUGUAUAACAGGCGGAUGAUCUGAUAUCACCCUGUUUACACUUUCACCAAAAGUUACCCUCUCAUUAAAAAAAAAUCUCAGAUUAACUGUUCCUAAUCUUCUGAUAAACUGCCUACUGUAUGAGAGAUCCAUCAGUGGUCUGGAGUCUCAGGAAAUGUAUUCAUCUCAGGAAUAGGAAGAAAAGAUGCCUGAGAAAAGACAACUAUGAAAUAAGUGUUCAAUAACUAUGUUGUUCGAUCAUGUUGUUCUUUGUUUAGCACAUGUAUUUUUGAAAAACAUUGCAUCAUUGGAGAUGUUCCUGCAAUAUUAAGUUCGAUGUUUCAUCUGCUAAGUUUCUUUCACUUGUUUUUGCAUGUCUUUAUACUAUAAUUGUACAAGCUGAACCAGCCUCAAGAAACAUUGAAUUGUAUCUUUAUUAUAUUUUCAUAAUCAAAAACACUGUAAAGUGUACGUACCUUAUCUGUAACAUUGUACAUGAAGUGGUUUAAAAAGGAUUUUUAUUGAGUACCCACAAUUUAUACUGUUAAUGAAUAGUUUCUCAACCUUAGGGACCAACAUUGAAUUAGAUACAACAUGUACUUAAUGAACUAUUGUAAUUAAAUAUUUAAUAAAAGGAAAAUCAUUGAAAUCAGUGAACUAUCCAAUUUA